GUAAACUGGACUACACUUUUCUUGAAGUGAGGACACAUCAUUCAGCAAGGAAUAUUGCUUUUGAUAUGGAUACCCGAGGCCAAAACUACCCUGGACGUGUAAAAUGGCGAUUAUUUUGUAUAUUACGAUAUCAAGUAGGGUUUCUUAUCUUGCUCAGUUAUAUGGGUGUAAGAGUGGCGGGCCAGAUUCGUUAUUCUAUUCCGGAGGAGAUGAAGAAAGGCUCUCUUAUCGGCAAUGUAGCACAGGAUCUGGGGUUGGAUUUGAGAAGGCUUCGUUCUGGUCGGGCCCGUAUCGUGACCGGAGAGAGCAUCCACUAUACCGAGCUGAAGACAGACAAAGGGAUUCUAGUCGUGAAUGAGAGAAUGGACCGGGAGCAGCUUUGCGGAGACGUAACACCGUGUAGCUUCAGCUUUGAGGUGAUUUUAGAAAACCCGAUGGAGUUACAUCCUGUUAAAUUAAUGAUCCAGGACCAGAACGACAACCCUCCUCAGGUUCUGUACCCAGUCCAGACUGGUGGCUCUCUGGUGGCUGAAAUGGUGCCUCGUUCAGCAGAUGUGAGCUACCUGGUCACUAAAGUGGUGGCUGUUGAUGUGGACUCUGGACAGAAUGCCUGGCUCUCCUACAAACUGCAGAAAGCCACAGACAGGGCGCUGUUUGAAGUGGGCUUACAGAAUGGAGAAAUAAGAACUAUCCGCCAAGUGACUGAUAAAGAUGCUGUGAAACAAAGACUGACUGUUAUAGUGGAGGACAACGGGCAGCCCUCUCGUUCAGCUACAGUCAUUGUUAACGUGGCGGUGGCGGACAGCUUCCCUGAAGUGCUGUCUGAGUUCACUGACUUUACACACGACAAGGAGUACAAUGAUAACCUGACUUUUUACUUAGUGCUGGCUCUGGCUGUAGUCUCCUUCCUCUUCAUCACGUGUUUAGUGGUUAUUAUAUCAGUGAAAAUCUACAGGUGGAGACAGUCUCGCAUCAUGUUUCACUCCAACCUCCCUGUGAUUCCAUAUUAUCCACCACGUUACUCAGACACUUUGGGGACAGGGACUCUCCAACACGUGUACAAUUACGAGGUGUGCAGGACGACUGACUCCAGAAAGAGUGACUGUAAGUUCGGCACAGCCGGUAGUCAGAACGUGCUGAUAAUGGACCCCAGUGCUACCGGGACGAUGCAGCGGAUACAAAGUCAAAAGAGCAUCAUGGAUGAACCAGACUCUCCUUUAGAGGUGAGCUGCAAUAUGCUAAUUAUUUACUUCUUUGAACACUGUUUCUUUGAACUGAACUGA